AUGAAGAAUGCAGAUUGUACAGGUGGAAAGGUUUGUGUGUUUUAUCAAGUGGCAAAAAAGAUUGUUCCUGUGAAUGCAUGCAUCGGCGACUCUGUGUUGGAAACAGCACAUAAGAACGGGAUAGAGCUGGAAGGCGCAUGCGAAGGAAGCCUUGCAUGCUCAACAUGCCAUGUGAUUCUUGGGGAGUCUGUAUACAACAAGUUGAAGGAGCCAUCAGACAAGGAGUACGACCUCAUUGACCAGGCAUUUGGCUCGACACGCACAUCCAGGCUUGGGUGCCAGGUACAGAUUUCAAAAGAUCUUGAGCAGGCAACAUUCAUCAUUCCUAGGGCCACAAGAAACAUGGCUGUCGAUGGAUUCAAGCCAAGUCCACACUAG